AUGUCAAAUCCUCUUUGGCGAGAGUUCAUCGGAAAUCGGUUGGCCCUCGAGAAGCGCUACGGGCAGAUGCUGCAAUCAUAUGAAGAAUCUUUUGUGACGUACUUCGGCGGAUACAUGCCUAUUGAUUACGCUUCUCCAAACAGCAAGAUUAUGGAUCCCAACGUUGUGGUCAAGAUGAUCCUUACCGUCGCAGAACUUUCGAUGUCUGAGCCAUCAGACUCAUCCGAGAGCCCCUCAACAGACGAAGAUGAUACCUUGAAAAGAAUGGGCUGGGAAGAUGUCCAAGUGAGGAGGCCUUGUUGGGCACUUCUUUCUGACACAUACGCUGCAGCAACUGCUACUUCGAAGGCCAACUCAGGGAUUCUCCAAUUCGCAAAAGGCCUAUGGAAACGAUCCUGUACUCCUUCAUAUUGA